AUGGAGGACUACAAGGCCCUGCUGUACCUGCCCAUCGCCCCGGAGGUGGAGGACCCUGAGGAAAACCCGUUCGGCCCCCCCCCGGAGGCCUCGGUGCAGGGGGGGGCUCCAGAAGAGGCUUCGGCCGGAGGAGAUAAGAAGCAGAGGCAGCCCUCCUCUGACGGAGAACUGCACCCCCUGCUGGGCGUGAAGGGGGACGGCAAGUCCAAGAAGAAGACGGCGGGCCGGCCCAAGGGCUCCAAAGGUAAAGACAAAGACUUCCCCUUCAGGCCGAAGCCCUACCGGGGCGAGCGGCCCUCCUUCUCCGUGGCGCCCGCCGAGGCCACGGGUGGCGUUUCCGCCCCGGGAGGAGGAGGAGGAGGAGGAGGAGGAGGAGGAGGGAUGAAGGGCAGGGCGGAGGGGGGCGUGGCCACAGGUAAGCCCGCCCUGCUGCUGCCGCUGCUGAGUGUGGGAGCUGUGUAG